AUGGAGCGGCGCUCCAAUCCAAACCUCGACCUGCAGUACCUGCCGAUCCUGGACGGCCGACUCGCGGAGCCUGCGCCGAGGCUCAUCUUCCUGGUCGCUCUCAACGCGUUUGGCUUCUCGUACUGCCUGGUCGUCUCCACGCUUGGCAUCGUUGUGCUCCCGUCGGAGGCCGAGCUCCUAUUCCCGCGCGAUGACGCCAUUAUGCUCGGCGUGAUGCUCGCCGCCACCGGCGCCACGCAGCUGAUCGCGCCGCUAGUCGGCUACCUCUCCGACCGCUCGACGUGGCGCUUCGGCCGGCGGAGGGGCCUCAUGCUGGCGGGCGCGGCGCUGGCGUGCAGCGGCUUUGGGGCCAUGUGGCUCUGCCGGCAGCAGCGGCUUGGAGCGGCGUACGUCUGCGCUCUGACGGCCGCGGUCUCGGGCGUCAACGUCAUCUACUCGUGCUACACCGCGCUGCUGCCCGACUUUAUCCCGCCGGCGCACAUGGGCUUGGCGUCGGGCGUGAUGGCUGCGAUGUCGAUGCUCGGAUCGUUCGGCGGCUUCUGGCUCUUUGGCUUCCGGCUGCAGGUCUCGCACGCCUACGGCCUCUACGCCGCAGUCACCGCCGCAGCCGUGGGCGUGACCUGCGUUGCGGCGCCCGAGGCGCCUCUCCUCUCGGCGGCGCCGGUGCGCUGCCGCGAGAUGCUCUCCUCGUGCUCGAUCGACGUCGGCGGCUCGCCCGACUUCUUUUGGGUCUUUCGCGUCGCAGACCCAAAGUUCUACACCUCUCUGCUGGCGAUGGUCGGCCAGCUGUCGGCCGCCGCAGUCGCCCUCCCCGCCGGCCGCCUCUCCGACCAGCUCGGCCGCAAGCCGCUCGUGUACGCCUCCUGCGCGCUGAUGGGCGCCGUCUACGUCGGCUUCACGCUGCAGCCGCCGCCGCCCGCCUCUCUCCGCUGCGUGUGCCACGCCGUCACGGGCGGAGGCGUGUUCCUGUCCGUCGACUAUGCGCUCGCGUACGUCGUCGUGAUGCUCUCCGGCGCAGUGUACGUCGCAUUCGCCGCGCUGCUGCUGAGAAAUGUGCGCGAAAAGUCGCGGAGGAGAGGCGACGCGGCGAGCGGGCUGCUGCGGAGCUCCGACUCUUCGCCCUCCUCUCCAGAGGAGGGAGGGGAGUGA